GUUUGUCCGCGUUUGCAUAAUUGGCCAAUGAUUAUCUACUCAAACCAAAAAAAUAUUUUUGAUCAGAUUGACCUAUAUAGCUGAAUCCUGAAUGUGAUAUGGUAAUAUAUCGUUUGAAGUUAGUUGUGGAAAUCUGUAGUAAAGGUGUUUUCCAGACCCGUUUUGUAUAAACCUUUACAAUAGAGACGGACAAAAGGGCGAAUGUAUUGCAAUUUUGAAGCAAUGCAAAAUGGCCGACUUGCAGAAAUAUGCUGACGAUUUCCUCAGUGAAAUGAUUGACGAAGCAAUUCUUGGGACUUGUUUCGAGGUUCACAGAUCGUCACGUGUCGGUACGUUAUUCAUUGACGACGUAGAUCCUGAGGAAGAAGAGAAAUAUAAAAUCGUUGACCAACCAGGUUUCGACGUUUUCGGAGUCCCAAAAUCAGGGAGUAAAAAAACGAUUGAAUGUGAAUGCCCAAACUGCAAACGAACGUUAGCUGCAAGCAGGUUUGCUCCACAUCUUGAGAAAUGUAUGGGGAUGGGAAGAAACUCCAGCAGAAUAGCUUCACAGAGAAUUGCAAAUAGUGGGAAACUGGCUGCUGGUCUCGGCGAAUCACUGUGCAAUGAUGAUGACCCGGAGUUUGGAAGCGACGCGGACUGGUUUCUAGGGUACGAGGGGGGAAGUUCUACACGAAGAAAUUCUAAGAAACGAAAAGGUGAAAGAAUUAGUGGGUCACCACGGAUACGUGGGCCUCUAGCGAAAACAAAAGCGCCAAACAGUUCCCCGCGGAGCAACGGAUCCGGCGGCUCGUCUCGCUCAGGAACUGCAGAUCAUAAUGACAAUGUUCCUAUUGAUGUCGUAAAUCCUGGGGGUGCCCUAAUAGAAGGAAGAGCGACACCUACUGGCUCAGAUUCAUUGACUCCGAGUAUGAGAAAUAAAUCGCCCUUUGACCCUUCUCUCGGUACGUGGGAGCCGCAAAUCACGGAAUCGAAAACCCCAGAGAACAUUCAUACAUCAGCCGGGGGGGUCAAGAAAAAAUCAAAAUCGACAAAACAUACGACAAAAAAAUCUAAAAAACGGCACAACUUGGCCCAAAAUUAUACUUUUUCUUAAUUUAACCUUAUUUUUAGUUCAAUCAUGAUAAAAUUUGCAUUGUGCUGAAAUAUUUUCUUUUUUUACUUAAAAAUGAGAUUUUUUUCUAAUUUAUUUUUUUGCUAAACCAAAUUUUCGCUCUUGAUUUUUUCAGCUUUUCUGUUAAUCACUGAAAAUUAUCUCUCUGAUUCUGUCAGUCACGCUUGAGUUAUAUUAUUGCCCCAGUGGUUCAGUCGCAGAAUUACUUUGUGUCAAUUUUUUCUUUAAAAUGGAACAAUUAUUUGUUUUACCAACGUUUCUCCCCUUUCAAGAGAACCGUUAUUUCUACCAUACAUCAGACUUUUGAAGCUUCCACCCAUAUGCUCAGUUUUAUAUCUAUCCUAAUCCAGAACAUAUCAUGAACUCCAAGCUAGAAACUAACAGCAAAUCUUAUUGUGGUACAAAAACCCCUAUAGCAGUGGUCCCCAACCUUUUAUGACCCUUGACCCCUUCUUGAGGCUUUCAGCACACAUUGGCCCCCAGUUUAUCAUUCCAAUGGAAUUUAUAAUGUUAUUAUGAUUGGUAGAUUCCAAAUUCCAUUUAUGUUUAAACAAUUCAUGAUCGACAAAGAGAAAACACCCUGUGAAAUAACCGUAUGAGGCAAUUUACGAAAAGUAAAAUUGGUUUUUCUUCCUGGCAUUGUGGCCCCCCUCCAACUGCUCCGUAACCCUCUUUGGGGGACACGAGUUCCCAGUUUGGAACCCUUUCUGGUUUUCGUAUAAUGCUACGAUGAAGUGGCAAGAAUAAAAAUGACUUUUCUAUGUGAUUCAAAAGUUCUGCUAAGUUCUGUUGCGCACCAAGGAAAUAUAUUUCUGUAACUUUUCUUUUGGACCAAGGUGAGACUGUUAUGGGUUGAGUUCCCCAUGAGGGAUUGCCUCAAAAUUUCCCCUCACAACGUGCCAGUGUUGCUUAAAGGAAUUGUAUCCAAUUUCAGCAAAGCUCCUCACUCUAUUAGUUUAUUUGGUACUCCCGAAGUAUGUGAACCAAGAUGGCAGACACCGGAACGUAGUAUGUGUCCCAGGUUAGGCCAUAAUUUCAGGUACAAAUACUACGGAAGUCCCUUGGCUAGUGCCCGAACUCGUAAUAGAACUUAAAUAAGGAAAAUUGGAAUGAAAUUAUGGUCCAACCCUAACCUGGUGCACAUACUACGUUUCGGUGUCCACCAUAUUGGUUCACAUACCUCGGGAGUACCGUUUAUUUUGUGCUAUUUCAGCUCCAGCGAAAACCAAAUUUUGAUGAGUAAAAGUUACGCGUGUGCAUUCCCUAAUUAUCUGUUGAGAAUGCUUAUUCAACUUGGUUUUUUAUUUUCUGUCUAAAAUAAUAUCUCUGAUAUCAGUUGACUCCUUGUUUGGAGUUUAAGACAUUGAUAAGUGUCGUAUACGAAAAAUAUAAUUCUGAUUUUGAUCAGAAGUAAAAAAAAUCUUAUUUUUAGGAGUUUAAAAUAAGAUUUUGGCUCAAUUAUCACUACAUACGUACCAAACUCUGAGCAAGACUAUUCGAAUAUCUAGACAAUUCUAUCAUCAACAAAGAAGUUGAAAAAAAUCUUAUUUUCAGGAGUUUAAAAUAAGACACUGGCUAUACGAUAAAUAAAACAUACCAAACUCUAGAGCCAGACUAUUCGAAUAUCUAGACAAUUCUAUCAUCAACAAAGAAGUUGAAAAAAAUCUUAUUUUCAGGAGUUUAAAAUAAGACACUGGCUAUACGAUAAAUAAAACAUACCAAACUCUAGAGCCAGACUAUUCAUUUUUUUGUGCACAGUAGUUUCCUUGCCAUGUACAAAACUGGUAAAAAUUGCAAUUAUCAUAAUCAAACUCUUCUGUCAUAUAUCCAACAUUAUAAUCCAACUUUACUGUGAUAUUCUUUUGUUUAUUUCUCUGCUACUGAUUGAAUUAUACACGACCUCUGAACUUC